GGUAUCACCAUGGCAACAAUCAGUCGCGUCAGGUGGGUUGGUGCGCGAGGAGCAGCAGUAAGAGGUCUUCGCCUUCGCCAGUUGUCUUAGACCAGUGUGGCAGCUCCAGGCACCUGUGGCUGGUGCAGAAACAUGAUCUGGGACAGGCCCAACGCCGCCGCAGGAACGGGCUGACGAGGACCUACCUGUCUAUUUCCGAGUCGCCCAGCCCGGGGCGGGUAUUUUUAGCCAUGGGCAGUAGUGGGCAUGAAGAAGCAGCUCGGGGGGUAUUUUGGGCAUGGGUAGAGGGAGCCACUGGCAACAUGGCGUUAGCUUUCGAGGGUUUAGUUGAGCAAGUGCGAUCGUGGGUGGCACUUGGCCUGAGUGGCCUGGGCCUCUCCUCCGUCAUGGACACCCUCAACACCCUACUGGUGGGAUGGAUGGUAUUCGUGGCGUUGAUCUUAAUUAUCGGCACGUUCUUUUACUUCAAGUUCAUACACCACUUCGAGAGUAGUGACUCGGGGAGGUCGCAGGACUCCCAGCCCAGAGGCGAGUCCCAGGACAAGAAGAAUGUGACGGAGGCGUCGUCGAAGAGGUCAGCCGGAGGAGGGUCAGGGAGGUCACGCCCUGCUGCAGCCCCUCCGGCGGAGCCUGCCAGGAAGCCCACCAUCGUGCCUGAUGGGGUGGCAGAGCCUGUGUCGUCUCCUGUGGCCACGGGAGCUGACCCAGACGCCGCCAGGUGGACCAACAACAUCUUCACCUGGCUCUACAACAGCGUCGACGGCGGCCCGGCCAUCAAGAAGACCUGGCUACACACCAUCAACGAGAACACUGUCAAGACGGCCUUAGAGGACGAGACUGGCAUCCUGGUGGAGGUAGUGGAAAUUUAUAAGUCAUCGCCAGCCCCCGUUCUCUCGAAUAUGGUAGUCGACUGUUCGCCCACUGACAACUUGACAAUUACAUGUGACUGCGAUGCUACGAUAUAUCUCCGGAUAGUGACGACAAGAACCCAAGGGGAGAAGACCACUGAAAGCGAGUACGCCUGUGCUGUUCGUCCACUCAGAGGGAGACUCAAUAUAGCAAUUAUCACUUCAGAAUUAAUGGCUGUUGUCAAGUUUGAUGGCUGGCCAGAGGUUUCUUUAAAGUUGGAAGGAAUUCGAAAUAAUGCUUCUGGGUUUGACGAGCAGCAGAUGUUGGAUGUGAUCGAUGAAGUUCUUACAUCUGCUCUUCGUAACUCUGUCCUGGAUGUCAACUUCCAAUCCAACAAGAACUUCCCCAGAUUUCGACGAGCACGACAGGUUCCUGACCCCAUCAUUCCAGUGGGCUACGAUUCUAUGGUACGUGAGUUGCAGACACACCCACCCUCAGUUUCCCGUAAGCCAAAGAAACCACACGGUGGUUCAGUACAUGAUGAAGAAAUAGUGGAGGCAGGAGAAUCAUUUACAGCCCUCAACUUUUCCUCCAACCUUUCCCAGGGAAUUAAUCUUACUACCAGUGAGGAACAGCUUAUUGCCAGAAAUCUGCAUAAAUAUCCCUCACUAGAAAAUUCUGACAUUGGAGAUGACAUAAGUGAAAUAUGUAAGUCAUGGGAAGAAAAUUAUGUACCUGCUACUGGGGUGCCCAAUGAAGAUAAAAAGAAGGUGGAGGUUGCUGUAGGUGUUUUCCAGGCUAGCUCUAAGGAAGACUCAAAGACUCAAAAUUUUGUUCUUGUAGCUAGUAAUAGGUCGAAGCUUAUUGAUGAACCAAGAACUGCAGUUUCAGUAGGUGAAUUAGAAGAGGAGGAACCAGAAUUAGUGCCAAUUCUGAAACGAAGUAUUGAAGUUGAACCAUGUAUAAGAAGAGGAGGUAGAAGCCCUUUAGUUCUUGGCAAACCUAAGGUAGAAGAACCAGAAGAAUCAGUAGAGCUAGAGGAAGAAGAUCUUGAAAAUUUCCAAUUAGAUAGAAUGAACCUUAUUGACAAGUCGUUAACCAGCCCCUCUGGAACUGGACCCCUACCUUCCCUGCCAGGCCUACAAAAGGGACCUUUUGUAAGUGAAGCAUGCUGUGUGGGAGUGAAGGUUGGUGUUGCUGAUGAAGUUCCUGAGCUUGAACUUAGAUUUGAGACUGCACCAGUUGAUGACUGUGUGGCUUGUGACCUCUCUGAGUGUGACCAGGAGGUUGUGGUACCCAUUCAACCCCUCUUGCAAAUCCAACUCCAUAACCAACCUGCCAUUGAUGACCUUAGUGCGUGUUCAAUCUUUGAUACUGCUAAUACAUCCAGUGGAACCCACAAAGAUCCCAUCCCUAUCCCAAUUUCUUUUCCUACUCUAGAGCCUGAUAUAUCCUCUGCUUCUGCUUUGUCUGCCAUAGUGGGGAACACUACCAAGCAUCACAGUCCAAUAUCCUCUUGUGUGAUAAAUAGAGAGGAAGACUUUGGUCAGUCUUCAGGAUAUUUGCAAGAUGCAAGUUUGGUAAGACAUGAACCCGGAACUGGUGUCUCGUCAGCAAUUAUACACAAAGGAACUGAUGCUGCAGAUAAUUACAAUGAAAGGGAUAAUACUAAUGAUGCAGAGAGCUUGGACAUUUGCUCGGCAAAGCAAGUUCUAGAGUCUCAAGAAGUCUACGCGCAAGAUUCUGAGCCACCUUCAUUUCACUACCCAGAUAAUUUGCUUGAAGAAGAACUAGAAAAUGUAAAUGAAUAUAAGAAUAUAAGUGGAAGUAAGAAUGAAGUGUGCAAGCUUCUGAAUAAAUACAAACAAGAUAACGAAUCUCUUCUUAUAAAUAACAUCAUACAAGGUGAUGAGCUCAGGAUGGUGAACAACAACACCCAAGAUAAUGAGCUCAAGACUGUGAAUAACAGCACACAAGGUGAUGAGCUCAGGACUGUGAAUAACAGCACACAAGGUGAUGAGCUCAGGACUGUGAAUAACAACAUACAAGAUGAUGAGCUCAAGACUGUGAAUAACAGCACACAAGGUGAUGAGCUCAAGACUGUGAAUAACAGCACACAAGGUGAUGAGCUCAAGACUGUGAAUAACAGCACACAAGAUGAUGAGCUCAGGACUGUGAAUAACAACACACAAGAUGAUGAGCUCAAGACUGUGAAUAACAGCACACAAGAUGAUGAGCUCAGGACUGUGAAUAACAGCACACAAGAUGAUGAGCUCAGGGUGGUGAAUAACAACAUACAAGAUGAUGAGCUCAGGACUGUGAAUAACAACACACAAGAUGAUGAGCUCAAGACUGUGAAUAACAACACACAAGAUGAUGAGCUCAAGACUGUGAAUAACAACACCCAAGAUGAUGAGCUCAGGAUGGUGAAUAACAACACACAAGAUGAUGAGCUCAAGACUGUGAAUAACAGCACCCAAGAUGAUGAGCGCAGGACUGUGAAUAACCUCAUACACGAUGAUGAGCUCAGGAUAGUGAACAACAACACCCAAGAUGAUGAGCUCAGGACUGUGAAGAACAGCAAACUAGAUGAUGAGCUAAGGACUGUGAAUAACAACACACAAGAUGAUGAGCUCAGGAUGGUGAAUAACAACACACAAGAUGAUGAGCUCAGGAUAGUGAACAACAACACCCAAGAUGAUGAGCUCAGGACUGUGAAUAACAACACACAAGAUGAUGAGCUUAGGACUGUGAAUAACAGCAUACAAGAUGAUGAGCUCAGAAUGGUGAAUAACAGCAUACAAGGUGAUGAGUUCAGGACUGUGAGUAACAGCACACAAGCUGAUGAGCUCUGGAUUGUGAAUAAUGGUUCACAAGAUGAUGAACUCAGAAUCGUGAAUGGCACACAAGAAGAUGAGCUUGGAAUUGUGAAUAACGGUAUAGAAAAUGAGCUCAGGAUUAUGAAUAAUGGCACGCAAGAUGAUGACAUUUGUUAUUCACACUCUCAAGCUCAAUAUGAGCUUGGGUGUGUGAAUAAUAACACACACGAGCUCUGGGUUUCGAACAAUGACACACAGAAAGAGGAGUUUGGGAGUAUUGCUGAGGACACACAGGAGAAUGAGCUUGUAUAUAAAAAAAUGUGUUUAAACAAAUUUUCUGAAAGCCUUUUCAGACAUAUAGACUCUGAGGAGUCAGAGAUAUCUCUACCAGAAGAAGUUGUGGGAGAUCAAAAUUGGGAGAUGGUUGAAGCGUAUGAAGCUCUUGACGAGAGUGCGACAUUCUCAGACACUUCAGACGAAGAGGGCAAGGACUGUGUGGCAACAGAUAAUGACACUGAAAACUUAGAAGUGAUGUCAGAUUCAAACGAAGCAGCAUCAGAAGACAGUCAUUCGGAAGUUUGUUGUGAUGCAGAUGUUUUUCGAUGCCAAAAGUUUGAGAAAAAUAAAUUUUAUCUAGAAACAGAAAUAGAUAUUUUUAAUGUUGACGAAAAGACAAGAAUUCUUCCCUCAAAUAAUGAUGCAGGAAAAUUUGUUUCAACUUACCAGAAGGAACUGUUCAAUGAUUCAGAUUCUCUUGACAUGAUCAGUGAGGAAGAAACAGUGCAGUAUGACUACGUACAACUUAAAGAGAGCAGCAGUGAUGAUAGUGACGAUUCAUCAACAGAUGACUGUACUUUUUCGGGUUCUGAAAAUAUGGCAUCAUAUGACCUGUUACAUGAAAUAGAUGAUGUAGCAAAAACUAUUGAUGAUGAAUCAGAUACUACUUUUAUAAUUGCAAAUACAUGUAGUAUAAAAUCCUCUGUUGCUUAUGAAAAGCUUGAAGACCAAACUAUAUUGGAUAACAUUCUGAUAUCGAGUGCUGAUAAGAAGACUGUGGAGGAACAAACAAGUGACAAUGAAGAAUAUGAUGAACAUACAAAGGAACUUGAGUGGAAUUCAAAUGUAGCGGUAGAACCAAAAUUAUUUUAUAAUAAGGAACUGUGGAAAGGCCCACAAGAGGGCCUUUCCACAGAGGCCCAAAAGUCCCUCUGUAAUAAUUCUCAAAAAGUAAUGAAUGAAAGAGUAAAAUUUUUGGAUAGUAUGCUGAAUGGGUCAGUACAUAAAGAAAAUAUUGAUACCAAGAUUAAUCCUGUUGCUGAAAAUGUAAAUGUUAUGACUGUUUCUCUUCCGGAAGAGAACGGUCUUAAAUUUAAUGAUGAUCAGAUUUGUGGUAUUCCCGAUGAGCCUAAAUGUGUGGAUCGCUACACUUUCUUAGAAACCUCUUCUGACUCAGAGAUAGAAGGAAUAACUGGAAAACAUCCAGGAAAGUACUCUGGUGAUUCAGCAGAUGAUACAUCGCCUUAUGGUCAAAACUGGAGGUACAGUGAUAUUGAUUUAAUUAUUGAAGCAGAGUCUUUUGUGUUUCCAAGUGAUCACGUAGAUUCAGUAUCGAGUUGUAAUUUGAAAAAGUUUCAGGAACAGCAUCAAAGUGUACAGGGUGCACAAGCAUUAUCCAGAGACACCAUUUUGAAUACUAGUUUUGAAGAUUCACAAAGUUUGCCAAGAAUCAGUAAAUCAAGUUACGGUAAAAAAAACACACGAGUAUUACCCCAAGAAUCCGCAGAGAUUGAUGUGCAGAGUACCAAUGUAACGUUUUCAGGACCAUUAACCGCCACUGUAGGCAGUGUGGCUACAUUAACACAAUCUGACACUUCUUGUGCACUAACACUGCAACAGAGUGCGUCUCACACAAGGAAAGCGUGCCCAACCUGGGAUGAAAUCAUGAAAUCUGUCUCUUUCACCUCAGGCCAGAUUCAGUGGACUCAGCCCCUGCCCUCCUACCCAGUUUAUGGCACAAGUUACUUGGUCUCAUCUGUUACAUCUACGACACCUGGCCAGCCUGGGGGAAUUCCAGGUCUUAAUGGCAAGCGACUUUUAGUGAAAAUUGUUAAAGCAACAGGUGUUGGCUGUGAUAGCUUGGUGUCUGAGGCGUACGCUGUGGUGGAGAUGGAUGAGCCACCCCAGAAAUUCAGUACUUCUGUUGUGAAAGAGACGAGUUCUCCGUUUUGGGAUGAGCAAUUCCUCUUUGAUCUCAGUGGUGGCACACUAGAACUUCUCUUUGAAGUUUACGAUAAGAAGGAUGGAAAUUUCUUGGGUCUUGGAAUUGUAGGCAUAGAAGAGUUAGUGGCCACACCCUCACAGAGACAAAUCAUCCCCCUUCAGUCACGACCAUAUGAAAAUGACGAAGUUUCUGGAUCACUGACAGUCGAGUUCCUGUUCUUGGAUCGGGCCGACUUGCCUGAGCACACACUCCGGUCCAGUGCAACUAGUCAGAGUCUAACGCCUAAAGGUGAUCUCAUAACUACAACUACAACUACAUAUGUCAAGGCUCCAGAAUCACAAGAUGUUGUUGUUAAUGGAGGUGAUGGAAUUGCUGCUGCAGUGUUAAGAGAUAUUGAAGGCAAAAAGGUUGUAGUGGCUAACAAUGCCAGCAAGUCGACCAUGAUCAUCCAUGCCUCCAGAAAAGAAAUUACGAAGAAAGUGAUCCAGGUCGAGCGAGCUCCGAGUGGCGAAUACAAGGAGCUGACGGUACAGCCAGAUGAGGAGGGGGAUCAUCUUGCCUUUCCCAGUGGAAACUUAAUGGCACUCACCACCACAGCAACCACCACAACACCUACUAUUACCACCACACCCACUCGCAGCGCUGGAACAGCAACCGGUUUAAUGCCAACUACUCCCACGAGAACCACAUCUACUUCUACCACUGAAACGACUGCUGAUGGAGCAGAACUUAAUGAAACUGAUGAAAGAGGUAGAAGUAGAGGUGUCCGCCGUAAACGAGAUUCUUUCUUUGGAACGCUAAAGAAAAGAUUUAGUCGAUCUAAAGUGAGAUCCAAAAGUGUUGAUCCGAGUGCCAGAGACACAUCUAUGGAUCGAGAUGCUUCUGUAGGGCGCUCUGUGUCUGUGGAGAGAUCUUCUAACAUCAAUAGAGCAUCAGAGGAGCAGCAAGUGAAGCCAAGCUUUCUCCAAGACACAAUAGCGCCAACCCCUGCCCACUACCUCUACCUGUUACACGCUCAACGGCUGCUCGCAGUACCGGCCAAUGUCGGUGGUGAUGGAGGGUCCACAAGAUCGUCUCUCAGUGAUGCUUCAGCCAUUAGUGGUUCUUCCACACGGACAUAUGUUAAUGAAGCUUCCACACUCAUUAUUGAGACCAGUGAAAAUGGUGUCUUUAAACAUUACCUGAUUCCUUUGGCACUACAGCAAAAGAGCAAGUGGAGGAAGAAAGGCUUAAAACUUCACAUCUUCGGAGAACACACUUUUGUCGCCAAACACAUGUCCAGUUCAACGCCUUGUGAAGUGUGUCAGAAGACAUUAGGAAGAAGAUUUGGCAAACAAGGUUAUGUGUGUCGUGACUGCGGCUUCAAGUGUCAUAAGCCGUGUCAUGUUAAGACAGAAGCGGUUUGUCCCAACUCGACUGUCAACACAAUGGACCUGGAGUACGUGAAGGAUUCACGUGAGGAGCGGCGAGCGUGGCAUAGGAAAGCCAUAGCAACAUGAGUCACCGUCAUUUUGAACUAUGUUCCCCAUGCUUGAUAUAGAAACACUGCUAUUUUGGCAUAUUCAUGUAUAUCCAUUUGUACACUAAUGCAAACUCCUAAUUAUGCUCAUAAAUGUUGACAGCUUGAUACAAAAGAACCGCCCAGAGACAUGGUCUCUUUUACAAGUAGACACAGUCGUCCUCCCACGUGGUCUAACUCUUGGACACUCAUGCUAGUUGACUCAUACUUGCCCACCCAUAUGCUCAUAACAUACUAAGCAUUAUAUGCAUCAUUCCUAGGAGAGUUUCUGUGAUGCCACUUUGGACAUGAUACUGAAAUAUAAACUGUAAUAUGUACUUAAUUUUAACAGGGUACUUAACACAAACUUGAAAACUGUAAGUUGAAUACGAGGUACAUUACAUCUAAAACAUGAUAAACACAAAUUCACGCAACCCAUUUAAAUAUUGCUGUAUAAACUUUCAGUACAAUAAGUACUCCUCUUUACUUGUGGGACUUUGAAAUUCCUAGUGGAUAAAAUCUUGUUACAGCAAUGACAAGAAUAUUGUAAAUCGGUGGCAAAUGUUGCACGCUUCACUACAAACUCGCACUACAAGUAAACUCUGUAAGAUCAAGAAAUUUGUAAAAUUCAUAUUGAUUAUUUUGUAUUUAUGUAAUUAUUAAAAAAGGAUAAUGCAAAUAUAUAUUUCUUUUAAGCUUGUAUGUAUAGGAGAAGCAAAUAUGAGUGUCGAGUGUUUGCCUGUUACAUAACGACAAUUAGAUACCAAUGUAACUUUUCAAAUUAACUAGUAAAAUAAUCUAGUGAUUUACUAUAAUGGGAUGUAUUUUAUGAAAUUUGUUGCGAGAAAAAUUAAAACAAAUAUGUUUUAAAAAUAUUGUUAUGAUGUCUAAAUGCUGGUGUUGCUUAAUCUACAGAAGGUUGUUUGACAGAUUAAAAUGGAACACAAGUGGCAAGCUCUUUCAGUAGUGUUAGAAUGAUUGUCUGCAUCUGUUCACAUUAUCAAAUAGUCUUAAUAAAUGAAUUUACACAAUUUUGAGUACAUGUAAGGAGAAUGUGAUGAUGAUGGCUGUUCUCGAGAGUGGUGACUGUAAACAGGUAGGUAAUGGCCUACAUUUGGAGGAUGAAUCGGUAAUCCAGUUUAAAUCACACAUAAUAGCAUGGCUUUUGAACACUGAUGCUGUUGCUUAUUUUAGGCUAACUGCAAUAACUUGGAUGUGUGGUUUCAGUGACACUGAUAUUCCUACUUGGACACGGUAUUGUCCUUUAUUUGAAUGUUCACUUUUAAUUUGUAUUGUAUAUAAGUUUUAAAUACUCGGUGUUUGUUAAAAAUAUCCAUAUAGUGCAGGCCAUAACAGAAUCUAGAAUGUUACACAGUUGUUAAAGAACUUGUAAAUUAAGAAUAAAUGUUUAAGUCCACACCAUACCUCUUCCCUGCCUUCCCUAGACACACACAUUCUGAAACUCAAAGACAUGAGCUACAUAGAGAGGUUUAGAAUUACUGCAUAAUACUUUUGUGAAUAACCAUUUACUGAAAAAAACGAAGCCUUGAGCAUAGGGAACUUCUCCUAAAGUUCUUAGUUCUAAAGGGAUUGUAAGAAUAAAUAUGAUAAUACACAAAGGAAAAUGGAAUACCUGGCGCUUGAUCUUGUAAACUAAUGAUAGGUAAUAUCUUUGUGCCCCUGUCCCACAAGCUACAAAUAGGUAAUAUCUGUGUGUGUGUGUAGCUGCAACCUCCCCCCUCCUCUCUCUCUCUCUGUCAAACACAAAACAAAAGUGGAAAAAGGUUUAGAGGUAUGCCACCAGAUAAGUUUCAGAGCUGAGAGCUUUGAAUUAUGAGGAAAGGCUGAAGGAGUUAAAUCUCAUAUCACUGAACGAUAGAAGAGUUACAAGGAGAGAGACUUUCAAUGGGUGGUACAUGGAAGAGGUCACCAGUGGAAAAUAAGAACCCAUGUAAGCUAGGGUAAUUAGAAUGAAGUUCAGUAUCAAAGUACAGAGUAAAUUGAAUGCACUAAGUGUAGUAUUGGUGGUUGACUCCACACAGUUUCAAAUGUAGAUAUGACAAAGCUAAAUAAGCUGAUUAUUGGUUGUGGCCAAUUAGGCAGAACCAAAAAAAUAUAAAAAUGAUCGCCUCGUUGCCCCUCCCCCCUUCCUCCCCCUGCAAGCACACUUGGGCGAGAGUAACAAGUGAGCAUACACAUGCAGACAACAGAGACAUUAAGAAAUUUGAAGACAGAGGUGUUGUUCAUAAACCAACAGUAAAUAGAAAAGAUUAUGAUUUAAAGUUGUAGAAAAGUAGUGUGCAUUAAAAUCACAAAGUAACACAAAUUUAUAAUAAUAUAAAUUAUAUAUUUAUAAUAAACUACAGUUUACACAGACGGCAUACCAUGAGCAUAAUGGGGGGACCUUCGACAAGCUGCUAGCUUCCUGUCUUCGUCGAGGCCACUAGGGGUUAGUGGCCCUCAGGUAAAGCAGGUAAACAACUCUCCAUGUCAUUUAAACUAGGCAGUCUCAGGCAGAUAUCCAGCCAUUCUAAUACAUGCAUAUAUUUACACCACCCUCCCCCUGUAGUUGCUAAACACACUCCGUAACCUUCUUUUCAUUCUCGUCCUUCCACACCUGCACUCGUUAUUGUGCCUCCUACACCCGCACUUCAACAUUCCCCAUCCACCCACUCUCUUGAUCCAUAAUAUCCGAUCUCACUGCCAUUCACCAUCAACCAACGCUCCCAAUACACCGUUUCUAAUCCUCCCUCCCCUCCCUCAAAAAUACACACACACACACACUGUAGUCUCUGCUACCAUUCUACUAAUUAUUCAUGUACUGUACAUUAUUACUUUUUUAUAGUCUUUUCAUUAGCUUUCUGUGUUGCAAGAAUGUUAUCCUGUACCUAAUAGCUGAACAAACUUCACCAGGCAAAAUGCACGUGGUAAAUCUUAUUUGCUCUUGGGUACAGUGUUGGAUAGUGAUAUUGAGUAUGUGAUACAUAACAGAUCAUAAUAAUUGGCUUACAGCAUUUGUUAUUAAAUAGUAAUACAAUAUAAUGCAAAAUAAAUGUGUAUACAGCUAUUGGUAUGAAAGACAUAAUAGGAAUAUAUGUUAAAGCAUUUUGGGCUGGUUUUGUUAAUUUUUUUUUUAUGAAUGCUUUAAUAUCUUCGACUAGCGAUGUCUUGUCAUCAAUUUUGGCAAAAAUAAAUAUUUAUGUAAAUAAAUAGUUAUAUAUAUAUUAUAUACAGUAUAUAAAUAAAGUAGGUCACCAGCAUAAUUAAGCGUGUCAUGUUUGUACGUGUACCACGUAAUGUGUAAACAGGAGGCCUUAAUACUUAAGGGCACUUGAGCCUUCACUCACUUUAUUACUAAGACAGACUGGUUGACUGUAAUUAGAUUGAAGUGAAACUAUUCAAUAACUUUAAAAUAAUAACACAAACUGAUAAAUACAAAAUAAACUUUUAUCUCAAUCUGAAAGUUUUGAUGUGACUGCAUUUAAAUAACAUUGCUCUGUACACGAGGUUUUUGUGAUCCCUAGUUAUUUACUGUAUAAAUAGAAUUUGUGAUAUGCUAUUUAUAAAGAAAAUGUUAAUAUUAAUUGCCACUUGUACUUGAAAAUGUAAAAAAAAAAAUAAAUUGAUUUAUAUUCUAUUUAUUGCAUAAAUUAAUUUAAAUGUACAGAGGCACGAUAGCUGACGUUAGUUCCUGGAGGCGAGGGCUUAGGGUGUUACAUUGUACAGUACGGAAUAAAUUAAGUAUCAUUACCAUUAAUCAGAUAUGACUAAAGUUGGAUAUUGGUAUACUGUGAAUGUUAUUAGACAUGAAUGAUUAUAAAGCCAACUGAUAUCUUAAUAUAUUAUGGCUUAAGGUGCUGUGGAAAGCUGACCCAUUAAUUACACAUUUUUACUUGUGCCUUAAGCUUGUAAUGUCAAAUUCAAUGACUAGAAAUUAGUACAGUUCAUCUUUAUAAGCAGUUGUAUGUUUGUUGCAUAUAUUCAGAGCCUAAUUUAAAUUUAAUUUCUGUAAUGCAAGAAUGUAAGCUCUUUCAGUUUUUCUUAACCACAUUGCUACACAAAAAAAGCUGUCAAUUAAGUGUUAAUUUCCCUGAAGCUGCUAUGCAAAUAUUAUGUCAAAAUAGUAUUAAUAAUUAAUGUUACUGUGAUUAGAGAAUGAAAAUUAAGCAAUAGUGAUGCUCGGGUUCGUGUGCUUCGGUACGGGAAUACUAAUAAGAAAUUUUUUUCGAUGUAAAGAAGCAUUUAAGUUUUACUCUUAUCCAUUAUAAAACUGUAUUUAGCUUAAUGAUGAAUAAUGACAGCAUUCAUUUAUUGUAAUAGAUAAUUCCUUAAAUAUUGUUUUUGUUAAAAUUUAAACUUCCUAAAGAUAAAUUGACAAGUUUCAAUUUUAGGUACAAAAAUCUCUUCUCAUAUGUAACAGUCACUUUACAUGGAAAAUUUUAUACUGAACAGUAGAUUUUAUAUGCUUUAUGAUAAUUUAUCACUUUCUUUUAACUUUAUCAUAUUGUUAAUGAUCUGAAGCCUUGGAUACAUCUUGCCAGGAACUGUUAAGGUCACAUUAGCAAAAAUAUUUUCUUGUUAUGGAACAAAUAGUUAGGUUGAAUUACAAUUAAUUUCUCGGUACUUUUUUACAUGUCUGUAACUGAAAUGUUCGAUUUAAUAAUAAUUCUUAAAUGGUG